CCCCGGGUACAUGAGAGAACUCAUUGACAGGUGUACUCUUCCAAUCAGCGCAAUCUAGAAUACCAUUGCUGCGCUUGCGCACAUCUCAGUCCUUUCGGUUCCAGAACGUUGAUUUGUCCUCGUGUCCGCCCGGUGCGCGUGCAUGGAUCUCACCUGCUCGAGGUUCCCGCUCAGAAGGUCGGUCCGGGGGCUCUACCGUAACCGUUGAUGCUCACUAUGACUUUUUGAGGGAACCAUUUUGACUGGAUUUCUGGAUUUCACUACCUGAAGUGAGGAAGAUGUUUUCGUCGGUGAGUAAACGUUGUUUUAUGAUAGAAUCAUUGGUGGCCAAAGAAAACUCUCAAACCACGGAAGAUCCCAUCCGACCGACGGCCCUGACUUAUUCAAACUCCACUGACGCUUUCAUGAACGGGUACCAGAGUCCCACCGGCAGGUCUCUGUGUCAGAACCCGGAGCUGGUGUUCCAUGAGUCGGUCAACCACCCCGGGCUAACCAUGAACCCCCACCAGCUAGGAGGGGGCCACCUACAACACCCUUCACACUUCUUUGGGACGCAACACCGAGACCCUCUCAACUUCUACCCAUGGGAUUUACGAAACAGGUUAUUCGGAUACAGAUUUCAAGGAAACGAUGUUUCCCAAGAAAGCCUGCUACUCCACCGCCCAUUCGCCCGAAAACCCAAGCGCAUCCGCACCGCCUUCUCCCCGUCGCAGCUCCUGCGGCUUGAGCGGGCGUUCGAGAAUAAUCACUACAUAGUAGGAGCCGAGAGGAAACAGCUGGCCAACAGUCUCAGUCUGUCUGAAACACAGGUGAAGGUGUGGUUCCAGAACAGGAGGACUAAAUACAAGAGACAGAAGCUGGAGGAGGAGGGGCCUGACUGUCAUCAGAAGAAGAAAGGAAACCACCACAUCAACAGAUGGAGGCUUAUCACUAAGCACGGCAGCUCUGAGGACAUCGACGUCGAACUGGACUAAGACCCCAACCCUGGCCCUCUGCCCCCCCCUUCCCUGGACGCCCCUGUGGCCCCCCCCAACCCCUGGCCUGUGUCCCCUUUUGGAACACAAGAGGACCAAAGUUAACGCUAGUUAUUAUGUAAAGUUAUGAAGUAUAGUGACAUGUUACAAGAAAAAACAGAACUUUAUGGUACUUGACUUGCAUCCAUCCUACAUAAUGAUCUCAUGUCUGAUCUCUUAUUGGAGGUGGUGUUCCAUCGUACAUAAUGAUCUCAUGUCUGAUGUCUUAUUGGAGGUGGUGUUCCAUCCUACAUAAUGAUCUCAUGUCUGAUGUCUUAUUGGAGGUGGUGUUCCAUCCUACAUAAUGAUCUCAUGUCUGAUGUCUUAUUGGAGGUGGUGUUCCAUCCUACAUAAUGAUCUCAUGUCUGAUGUCUUAUUGGAGGUGGUGUUCCAUCCUACAUAAUGAUCUCAUGUCUGAUGUCUUAUUGGAGGUGGUGUUCCAUCCUACAUAAUGAUCUCAUGUCUGAUCUCUUAUUGGAGGUGGUG